AUGGCGCCUCAUUUGACCAGCCUGGUGUAUCGACUUCGUGGAUUACCCUCUUAUAUAAGCAGCCACACUCAAGCCGCUGGACUUCUCGGCUGGGCCCUAGGACAGCAAGUCGCCAGCAUAGAGAUCUGCUCUCUGGCCACAGUCACGGUCAGUGCUUGGACCGGGACGACCAAGACAGCUACAGUCAUGUUUGAGGAAAUCCCCCAGAUCGUUCAAGACUCUCCAAAUCAGGAUGAAUGGACUAUUUUGCAUCCUCGCCUUGUGCACGGUCUCCUUCUCGACUCGCAUUUCAGGGGCAUGACCCCUCUCCACGAUGUCUUACCGCCUCGUGAACACAAGUAUAGCUGUAUCGCAAUUUCAGGACUUUCAAGCCAUCCGUUCGGUUCGUGGCAACCUCAGGGCGGAAGAAAAGAGUUCAUAUGGCUUCGUGACGAGUUACCACAACAUCACCCAACGAUGCGGGUGUGGGUAUAUGGUUACGAUACAAACUUGACUGAUAGAACGUCGUUUCAAUCCAUCUCGGAUCUUUCAAUCUCUCUCAUCAAUCACCUCGAGGCAUCCGACUUCGCGUCGCCCACGGCGCCUCAGAUGCUCGUGAUGGCUCACAGUCUCGGAGGCAUUGUUUUCAAGGAAGCUAUUUCCAACUUGGCAAGAGGUGGAGAGAAAUACACUCACAUCCUGCACCUCAUUAGAGGUGCCAUUCUAUUUGGAGUACCCAAUCUUGGAAUGGAACAAUCUCACCUCCAGAAUUUGGUUCAGCACCAGCCUAACCGAUCUCUCGUGAAAGAUCUGGCGUUAAACUCGCCAUACCUCCUUGACCUGGACAAAAGGUUUCUGGCACACAAAUUCAAUCACAGGAUGAAUGUCAUCUGGGCUUAUGAGACUCGGACAUCUGGCGUUUUUGAAGUAACCCAGGAUGGCAAGAUUUGUAAAUCUGCCAAUCGGAGAAUCCUUGUUUCAAAAGAGUCAGCGACUUCAAAUCUCAUAAGCGAACACGCGAAUUUAACUAUCCCGAUCAACAAAGAUCAUUCCAGUAUUGUCAAGUACCAUAGAAAUGACGAAGACUGCUCUAGAGUCAUGUUAAAAAUCCGCGAAAUCAUUGACGGUAUCGUUGCCUCACCCUCAGGAAGGCCAGGUGCAUUUGACAUCUCGGGGCCCCCUGUGGCCGAGCAACAAGCCCAGCCUUCGACAGUCACCCCAAGCUCUGGACCGUCCAUGAGCUUUACCUUUAUGGACAUCCGUCAAGACGAGAAGAUAGUUAGCUCCGUGACUGCAGCCAUACUUGUGUCAGUACUUCACGUACCAGAACUAUCCGAGAGACAUGAAGCAAUUGAAGCCAGGGCUAUGCAUACAUUCGAGUGGAUAUUUGAAAAUGAUGAGCUCGAAUUCACAAAGUGGCUCCGUUCUGGGGAUAAACUCUACUGGAUCCAGGGAAAGCCUGGGUCUGGAAAGUCAACUCUGAUGAAGUUCAUUUACAAUGACCCAAGAACACGCGCCCUUCUCGAUAAUUGGAAGAAUUCCGAAAGACCGAUAGUUGCGUCCUUCUUCUUCCAUCAUCGUGGAUCUGUUCUCCAAAAGUCUAUUGAUGGGCUACUAAGAAGUAUACUGGCUCAGAUUCUCCGGCAGCAACCCCGGCUAGCCGAUAUAUUCAACUCUGCAAUUGAAGAGCUGGUGAGUGUCAGCUUUCCGUUGAAGGAGCAAGCCUUGAAGACCAAACUCCAAAGCCAUGCAUGGAAGCAGAGUGAACUAUGGAAGAUGCUCUGUCAAAUACUUGGGCAAAAACUGGUCAAGUUAGAUAUAUGCUUCUUCUUCGAUGCACUUGAUGAAUACGAUGGCACACCAGAUGUCAUCAAAGAAUUUCUCAGCGACCUAAAUCAAGCGUCUAGCUCCGGACUGACCAAUUUGAAAAUCUGCUUCUCCAGCCGUUCGUGGGAAUCUUUUAAAAUAAGCUUCUCCAAACACACCAACUUUUCAAUACACGAACACACUACGAAUGAUAUUCAAGCGUAUUGUUACCAAACGCUGGAGAGCCUUGAAGCUGUUGCGGAACUUCUCGGACCCUUGGUUCCGGAGAUUACAGAAACCGCAAGUGGCGUCUUUCUGUGGGCAAGACUGGCCCUCAGAGAUCUCAUCCAAGAGGUCGAAGAGAACGAGACCACAGCAAAUCCCGAAUCCCUUCGAGAAAAGCUGAAUAGACUCCCCAAGGAGUUGAAAGACUACUACGGGGAGAUUGUCAAGCGUUGUCACCAUUCACUGAGGAUGCAAGCUUAUAUGCUUUUAGAGAUAGUCACGCGCAGUGAUGGGAUCUUGACUCUUUCUCAAGUGUCACUGAUUCUGGCUUCCUUCACCUCAAAGACAGUCAACGCCUGUCGGAAUGCUAUUGAGCUCAGUAGAACGAAUGAAGGCAUCGAGGGCUCUGAAUUCGCACAUACAGAGAAGAUGAUCACCAAUGCAUGCGGUGGCUUAGUCGAGGUCAAGGGUUUAUCUUAUGUACCUCAAAGAAUGUGGUACAUUCAACUCAUGCAUCAGACGGUGCGUGAGUUUGUCCUUGGUCCCAAAUUCAAGACCUUGUUCUUGGACAGCGGCGCGAAAUACCAGCACGAAAACGGACAUUCGUUUCUUGGCAAGUUCUACUUGACCCAGAGCAUGAUGGGCGUUACGUCAACGGUGGGAAUGAGGUUCUCUGAAUCGAUUAGCCCCGUAGAGCUGGCCCGAUAUCAUCUCAAGGAAGCUGAAAUGACCACGGGGAAAAGCCAGCUCCAGUUCAUUAAUUCUUUCACUCGUGAUCAGAUCGAUGCUACGUCGUACACGGGAGGGCGGACCGGGUGGACCGGGUGGACAGGUCCCCGUGUCACAAAUCUCCCAUUCGCACAGUUUGAUUUCGCAGCAACGGGAGGUCUACAUCUGUGCCUUACGGAACUGAUAAUACAAUACUUUGUCACGAAUGAGGAGAAGGACGCAGCUCUGCUUCGCUUUCUGUCCCUUCUAGGUGUUGGCGAUCACUCGCACCGAACGAAUUCAAAGGACUCCCAAAGCAUACUACAACUGUUAGGCUUGGAAGAAGGAGAUACACCCCUGAAGUUCCUCUGCAACAACCGUGUCAAUCUCAUAUCUCAACAGCCCGUUGUCAGAUUGCCCCCAUAUCCUGAAGCUGAAGGCGCUAAAAUUGGCAUUUCUUCCCAAUACCCUAUUGAGGGCUUACCCUUUCCUGAUCCGCAAGGAACCAUCAAGAAGCCCGUCAAAAUUAUCGAGAUACAUGAUGAUUUGCUCACAGUUUUUGAAAAGCUUUUCGAAGAAGAAAGGGACGCAGGCAGCGACCUCAUCGCUCUUCUCCGUUCUGGAAUAAUGAUCUGCAAUCCAUGGUUCACAGAUUUGGUUCUGGUGUCACAAUUCUUCGCCUCCACUGAUGUCAUGAUCUGGGGCCGCAUGUUUGUGGAAUGGUCCAUAGUAUUCUGGAGCACGAAAGAGCGUGCUGAAGAUACAGGGCGGAUAUCCGUGGCACUGGCAGAGUCUAUUAUCAAUAUUUUUAACUGGAUCAGUUCGGACCAAAAACUAUUGAUAAACAACAGAGCUGCAUGGAAGUUGGCCCGGCGCAAUUUGCUAGGUCCGAAUCGAAACUCUUCUUUAUACCUAGAAGUUGUACAGAAGAUGGACGUUUUGUUGUCCAGAGAUAACAAUAGCCCUUUCGUUAACUCUGAGAAUUCCAACAUCCAGUGGAACAGAGACGACCGUUUUGAACAUUCGACACGGAGAGAGCCUGAGGUAAGAGAGCCUGAGGUAAGAGAGCCUGAGGUAAGAGAGCCUGAGCGUGUUGAUGAGCAUCACCCUGUGCAGGAACCCUCAAGGGGAAAGAAAGUACCAAAGAAUGAAACGAUUUCAGCAUUCAAGAACACACUAAAAACACGGAUCAAGGGUGCAUUCACCUCCUCUCGAGGGGGUUAA